AUGCGGAACCGUGCAAUUGCAGAUUACCUCAGUUCAAAUGGCUACGAGCAAGCUUUGGUUGAAUUCAGACGGGAAGCCAGCCUGGAUUCUGAUAUAGACCACAAGUUUGCUGGGUUAUUAGAAAAGAAGUGGACUUCUGUAAUCCGACUCCAAAAAAAGGUAAUGGAUCUUGAGGUGAAACUGGCCGAGGCUGAGAAGGAGAAUGCUCUUAUGCAAGCUGGUGGAGGCUAUGGGCCCGUUGGGGCCGCACCUGGCUCCGGCUUGCCCGGUCGCGGUGGCGACCGUCGUGGAGGCCCCGAUGCCAUUCCAAGGCCCCCUGCUAAGUUUACGCUCACCGGCCACCGCUCAACGGUCACUAGGGUCAAGUUUCAUCCUCAGUAUACCGUAUUUGUCUCAGCCAGCGAAGAUGCCACUAUAAAGGUGUGGGACUACGAGAUGGGUGAAUUUGAUGCGACGUUAAAAGGACACACAGAUGUAGUACAAGACAUUGCUUUUGAUCCUUCUGGCAAUCUGCUUGCUUCUUGUUCUGCGGAUAUGCAAGUCAAGUUGUGGGAUUUUACUACCUACACGUGCAUAAAAACUCUUUCUGGUCACGACCACAACGUCUCGAGUGUCUGUUUUCUACCAUCAGGCGACUUUCUAGUGAGCGCAAGUCGAGACAAGACAAUCAAGAUCUGGGAGGUCGCUACCGGGUACUGCGUAAAGACGUUGACUGAACACAAAGAAUGGAUUCGUUGUGUUCGACCAAAUCCUGAAGGUAAUUUGCUUGCUAGCUGUUCCAACGACCAGACCGUACGUGUAUGGGCCAUUGGGAACGCGAGGGAAUGCAAGGCUAUUGCGGUCUUACACGGACACGACCACGUUGUGGAAUGCAUUGCCUGGCUGACUUCGAAUGAACCCCAAGUCACUAGUGCCAUCUCCUCAGCUGCCGCUGUCAGUGAAAAUGGAUCACAGUGGCAACAGAUCAACGGUGGUGACGUAGCCACUAGCGAGUCUGCCAAUGAUGCGCCCAUUAUCUUAGCCUCUGGCGGUCGCGAUCGACAAAUUUGCAUUUGGGACGUUAAAUCUGCCACGUGUCUAUUCACAUUGAUUGGCCACGACAAUUGGAUUCGGCAGUUGGUCUUCCAUCCUUAUGGCAAAUAUCUGCUCUCGGCAUCUGAUGAUAAAACGGUUCGUGUUUGGGACCUAAAGAAUCGUCGUUGCCACAAAACUCUCGAUGCGCAUUCACACUUUGUCACCACAUUGGAUCUACGUAAAGGCGUCCCCUUUCUCAUCACUGGCAGUGUAGAUCAGACAAUUCGAGUCUGGGAAUGUCGUUGA